AUGCGCCGCCCGCAGACUCUCCUUCGCCUCCCCUAUCUGCAGCAGCAGCAGCAGCAGCAGCAGCAGCAGCAGCAGAUGAAGCAGCAGCAACCUCACAGCCACCAACCGCAGCACGCACAAGCAGCAGCAGCAGCAGCAGCAGCAGCGAAAGCAGGAGGAAGCUGCAACAGCAACGCACUAAGCAGCAUGCGCCUCUGCAUCAGCAGCAGCAGCAGCAGGCAGCAGCAGCAGCAGCAGCAGCAGCAGCAGGACGUACCUCAGCAAGACAGCUCUCUAGCUGCUGCUGCAGUGAGAAUCUUUUUUCCUCCAGCUGCUGCAGCUUCUGCUGCGCUGCUGCUCGUCUCGAUUCAAAAGAUACAGCACGCGACACCAGUUCAUCAGCUGACGCAGCCAUGUGUCUCUGCAGCAGCAGCAGCAGCAGCAGCAGCAGCAGCAGCAGCAACAGCAGCAGCAGCAACAGCAGCAGCAGCAGCAGAAGCAGCAGAAACGGCAGCACAAAAAUAA